AUGGUAUUUAUAAACAGAUCUGUGACAGAGAUAUCUGAGGUCGAUUAUCCAAUGGUUCAAAAUGGUGGUUACUACGCUCCCGAGAAUUGCAGAUCAAGACAUAAAGUGGCUAUAAUUGUUCCCUACAGAAAUCGGAAAGAAAAUCUAGCAGUAUUCAUUACAAGCAUGCACCCUUUUCUUAUGAAACAGAAGUUGGAGUACAGGAUAUUCAUUGUUGAACAGAAAGGAACGGAGUUGUUCAAUAGAGGGCGCUUAUUUAACGCUGGUUAUUUGGAGGUACGGAAGUAUGGCAAUUGGAAAUGUGUAGUUUUCCACGACGUGGACCUGCUGCCUCUAGAUGAGAGGAUCCUCUACUCCUGUCCAUUGUGGCCAAGACACAUGUGUGGCACUGUCGUCGAGGUUAAAAACCCGAGUUUCCGAACACUAUUCGGCGGAGUUUCCGCCAUGAUUCCGCAGCACUUCGAGAAAGUGAACGGUUUCUCAAACGUAUAUUGGGGUUGGGGUGGCGAAGAUAACGACUUGUUUUGGAGAAUCCGAGCCGUUGGUUUACCAAUAGUUAGAUACAAUAAGCUCAUAGCAAAAUAUACGUCACUCCAACAUGAAAAGUCAAAACCAAAUACACUGAGAUAUAACCUUUUGCAAGGUUUUGCCAGGCGUUUCUUACGAGACGGUCUCACAACAUUGGAAUAUGUCGUCGAUAAAGUUAUAUUGCAUCACCUCUAUACGCACUUGAUGCUGGAUUUAAAUCCCAGGAAGAUAAACAUUACGAAGAUGAUGCUAGAAGCAUCUAGAUGGAAAUGA